UAUGUAUCUCUUGUGCCUCCUUAGAUGGGCGGAUGUGAAGCUGUCCACCUGGCUGCCAAGCACUGGCUGGUCGGGGUGGUGGACCAGGCUGCUGCUCAAAGCCACAGGCAAGAGGUGUUUCAGCGGAGUGGCACACACUUAGAGGGCAGGGACAUGAAGGGCACCGGGGCUACGGUUUGGGCACUAUGCAGUUGGACAUAGGGAGAAGAAAAGGAGCCAGUGAGGCACCCCGAGGCUCAAGACAGGGAGGACACAAGCAGACAGCUUCCCUGGUGCUCUGGGGCAGCUGGUGGGUGGGCACUUCCAGGAGUUGAUGCUACCUUCCCUACAAAUGCCCCUGUUUCUGAUCAGGGCCAAAAAACAAAGGGGCCUUGUAGAGUGGCUGGCUUCUGGUCCCUGCCAACCAGGACUCUGUCACCCGCCCUGCCUGGCACCAUCCCCUCCCCCAGCCCCAGAAGCUACUCUUUGCCCUUCACAGCAAAACCAGAGGAGACACAAAGCAGAGCUCAGCCCAGCUGUGGCCAGCACCUGCCAAGUCUGAGUCCUGCAGCUUCAAACCUGGGGGAGCUGGUGGGGAGCUACAGAGGUGGGGAGGUGCAAGAGUAGGGUGGAUGACAAGAGGCUCCCCUGAGCAGCCUGGCAGCCCUUCCUCUCCCUUUCCCUCAAUAGAGGAAGGCAGAGAAAAACGUGUUCUUAUAAAUAGCUCCAGCCCAGCUGAUUUGUAAAAUCAGUGGGUUUUUUUCUGUGUCAAUGACAUCACCCUCCUCCCCAUGGCAACCCCCAACGAUAUCAAAAUUGCCAAGCAACGUUGGAGCAGCUCGCGCCCCAAAUGAGCAGGUCGCUGCCUGAGGAUUUAAUGGAGAAAUCCUAACGUGAGCGGUGCAGGUGGAGGAAGGGCGACCGGGGUAGGGUUUCGGCCGAUAGGCCAGGGCCGGCGGGAGGGGCCGCCUCCUCCCUGCCAGGGAGCGCGGACUCGCGAAGACUGUGAGGCCCGCUGCCUCUGACGAUGGAUGGGGGAGGGUACUGCUCCCUUCCUGACACGCCAGGAGCCGCAAGCAGCCAUCCAGGUGACUAAGCCGGCCCACCGCCACUGAGUCACCCGCCCUCCACAGCUUUUUUUCCUUCCCUUUUACAUUUGAUUAUUUUGGGAGCUGAAAACUUGGAGCUGCACCUGAGUCCCGCCCCUUCUAGCUCUCCCCUCCCUACCUCGGCUUGGAGGAAGAUGAGACUUGCUAGGAAUCUGCCGCCACCCCCUGAGGACACGGAAGGCUCGAUGGAGGGGGCCAGAGGUGCCUGGGAAAAGACCGCAGCCGGCAGAGUGCAAUAGCAGACAUGGUGAUCCGGCUGCCUGGGUGUCCUCCGGAGGUGUCAGGAGAGAAGGGGAGCCUUGUCCCCGCCGACUGGAGUCCUCCCCGGGCUGGCUUUGAAUGGGCCUCUCACAGGAAUGUUUCUGUAAAGGAGUGGCUUCUAAGGUCAGAGUGGCAUUUGAAGAGCCAGCCUGGGUUGGCUUAGGCAGGCCUGUGCAGGGAGCAUCACUUCCUGGGCUGGAGACAAGCACCAGCCUGCUGCAGGAGAACGUGAGGCCCACCUGCCCAGAAGGCGUGGCCAAGGCCUGCGAAGGACCGGCCCGGGAGGCUCCUUGAUCCUCCUGCUCCUCUGCGCCUAAGAGAGCUGACCGCUGACACGAGGAGGCUCGAGGAAGAGGAGGCGAAGGAAGCAGCCCAGAGGCACCAUGUUCCGCAAGAAAAAGAAGAAACGUCCUGAGAUCUCCGCCCCACAGAACUUCCAACACCGUGUCCACACUUCCUUUGACCCCAAAGAGGGCAAGUUUGUGGGCCUCCCGCCACAAUGGCAGAACAUCCUGGACACGCUGCGCCGGCCCAAGCCAGUGGUGGACCCUUCACGCAUCACUCGUGUGCAGCUUCAGCCCAUGAAGACAGUGGUGCGGGGCAGUUCCGUGCCCAUGGAUGGCUAUAUCUCAGGGCUGCUCAAUGACAUCCAGAAGCUGUCAGUCACCAGCUCCAACACCCUGCGUGGCCGCAGCCCCACCAGUCGGCGGCGGGCGCAGUCCCUGGGGCUGCUAGGGGAUGAGCUCUGGGCCACUGACCCAGACAUGUACCUCCAGAGCCCCCAGUCUGAGCGCACUGACCCCCAUGGUCUCUACCUCAGCUGCAAUGGGGGCACACCAGCAGGUCAUAGGCAGAUGCCAUGGCCCGAGCCACAGAGCCCGCGGGUCCUGCCCAAUGGGCUGGCCACCAAGGCACAGUCCCUGGGGCCUGCUGAGUUCCAAGGUGCCUCGCAGCGCUGCCUGCAGCUGGGUGCCUGCCUGCAGAGUUCCCCGCCCAGCUCUUCACCCCCCACAGCCUCAGGGAGGCGUGGGGUGAAGGCCGCCAAGCAUGGCUCCGAAGAGGCCCGACCACAGUCCUGCCUGGUGGGCUCAGCCUCAGGCAGGCCAGGUGGGGAAGGCAGCCCAAGUCCCAAGACCCAAGAGAACAGCCUCAAGCGCAGGCUCUUCCGAAGCAUGUUCCUGUCUACCCCUGCCACGGCUCCUCCAGGCAGCAGCAAGCCAGGCCCUGUACCACAAAGCAAGCCCAGCUCUGCUUUCCGACCACCACAGAAGGACUCUCCGCCCAGCCUGGUGGCCAAGGCCCAGUCCUUACCCUCAGACCAGCCCACGGGGACCUUUAGUCCUCUGCCUGCCUUGGACACCAGCAGCCCGCCGCAGUCCUUCUUCCGCACAGCCCCAGCUGCUGGCCCGCUCCCGGGCCGCUCUUCCCCGGCAGGCUCUCCCCGCACCCGGCAUGCCCAGAUCAGCACCAGCAACCUGUACCUGCCCCAGGAUCCCGCAGUGGCCAAGGGUGCCCUGGCUGGUGAGGACACGGGCAUUGUGACACACGAGCAGUUCAAGGCUGCACUCAGGAUGGUGGUGGACCAGGGUGACCCCCGGCUACUGCUGGACAGCUAUGUGAAGAUUGGAGAGGGCUCCACGGGCAUUGUGUGCCUGGCCCGGGAGAAGCACUCAGGCCGGCAGGUGGCCGUCAAGAUGAUGGACCUCAGGAAGCAGCAGCGCAGGGAGCUGCUCUUUAAUGAGGUGGUGAUCAUGCGGGACUACCAGCACCUCAAUGUGGUGGAGAUGUACAAGAGUUACCUGGUGGGAGAGGAGCUGUGGGUGCUGAUGGAGUUCCUGCAGGGCGGGGCCCUCACAGACAUCAUCUCCCAAGUCAGGUUAAAUGAGGAGCAGAUUGCCACUGUGUGUGAGGCUGUGCUGCAGGCCCUGGCUUACCUGCAUGGCCAGGGUGUCAUCCACCGAGACAUCAAGAGUGACUCCAUCCUGCUGACCCUCGAUGGGAGGGUGAAGCUCUCGGACUUUGGAUUCUGUGCUCAGAUCAGCAAAGAUGUCCCCAAAAGGAAGUCCCUGGUGGGAACCCCCUAUUGGAUGGCUCCUGAAGUGAUCUCCAGGUCUCUAUAUGCCACUGAGGUGGAUAUCUGGUCUCUGGGCAUCAUGGUGAUUGAGAUGGUGGAUGGGGAGCCCCCCUACUUCAGUGACUCGCCUGUGCAAGCCAUGAAGAGGCUCCGGGACAGCCCCCCACCCAAGCUGAAAAACUCUCACAAGGUCUCUCCAGUGCUUCGAGACUUCCUGGAACGGAUGCUGGUGCGGGAGCCCCAGGAGCGAGCCACAGCGCAGGAGCUUCUGGAUCACCCCUUCCUGCUGCAGAUGGGGCUGCCUGAGUGCCUGGUGCCCCUAAUUCAGCUCUACCGCAAGCAGACCUCCACCUGCUGAGCCCACCCUCAAAGUGCGCCUGCCACCUGUGCCCACAGGCAGGGGACACUGGGCAGCCAGCUUGCUGGCAGGGCCCGCCUGCCUCAUUCUCUCAGUAUUCUCUCCAAAGAUUGAAUGUGAAGUCCCACCCCUAUGCUCCUGCCAUUCUGCCCAUUGGGCCAGGCUGGACCUGCCCCAUGAGUCUCGCUCCGUCCCCACAGUCCCUACUUCCUUUGGGAUGAUCGAGACCCCUUCUGCAGGAUGACCCCUUGUUAUUUGCACAGGAAUAUUUCUAAGAAACCUGGAGACCAGCGCUCCUGGCCUCUGUGGCCAGCACAGCAGAACAGGCUGCUGUGGGAUUUUUAAAGGUAGUAGUAGUACACUAGCACCCUGGGCUUUCCCAGAGGGCCAGCUGCCCAUCUCAUGUCAAUACUUGCUGUUCUCAGCUCCAUCUUCAAACCUUGGCAUCUCAGAAGGCCCUGGGAAGGUUUCUAUUACCCGAAUCCUCUUUCCCCCCACCUUGGCCUGACUUCCUGCAGGCAUUCCCCUUCCUCACCUGCUCCUGUCCCCCUGAACCACCCUCCCUCCACAGCCUGCUUAUAGCUGUGGGUGGCCUGCAUCUUGGCCACAGGAGAAGGGGUGGCGGGGGGCAUUUUCUGAGUGAAAGAAUGCAAUUAGUGGUAAAAGUGGCCUCACUUUACAGUAUGGAGAGAACAUCGUGUGCACAUGAGUAAGGGAAGGAAGGUCGCCCCAAUGGGCUGGGUCCCUUUGGUUACCCACAGCCAGCUUCAGGGGGCUGCCACAUCUUCCCACCAAAGUCCACUCUGAAGGUCUUGUUUUUUUAGCCUGGCUCUCAAGUUCCAUGUUUCUCCCUAACCAGCAAAGGGGUUUAAAUGGAGUCUAACACUUGCUGGGUACUCGUGAGACCUCUGAGGUUCUCAUAUACUGUGGAGUCUGAGAGCCAGAGACAAGAGAUAAGGGAAUAAACUUUGUUUCAUCUGUCACCUUCAUCUUUUAUCCAGGUCAUCAGAGACCUGUCGUUCUUUUUAGAAUCCCAGGUUGGGGCAGGAGGCAAACCACCACCUGGGGUUCCAUCACCCUGAAGAAAUGGGACACCCCAUUGUGUGAACCUGCUGUCCCCUGCUGCCUCUGCAGCAGACACCUGCCACCUUGUCCUCCCUCCCUGCCUUCCAGGCUGUUGUGGGACAGGGAAAGCCAGGGAAAUACCAGGUGUCAGGACUCAAUCCAGAUCAUAUUUUUAGAUUCCUCUGUCCCCUUGUGGCCUGCUUUAGGGCAAAGAAAUUGCAAGGACUUUUUUUUUUUAAAGGUCAGAGUUUUAAAAACAAAAGCAUCUUCCCUAGAAAAUUUUUGUGAAUUGUUUGCACUUGUGCCUGUUUUAAAUUAAACUGAGUGUU